CUGUUAAUUCAGAAAUGUUUAUAUGUGUAUUUUGGACCCAACGGAAACGAUCAAAAUCGGGCAACUUCCCCAGUUUCCUUGAAGAGAGGGCUUGCCAUUGACCCGUCUUGGAAGUAGCUCACUGUAGUUUUCUCCAUCUUCCUGUUUGGAGGUGAGCAAGAGGUGGUGGGUCUGGGGGUCUCACGCAUACGGUGGCUGUUAACGGCAACUGCAGCAGCCAGUCAGGUCACUCCCUACAGCAAAGUUAUGGUGCCUUGGUCAGCACCCACCAAAUUCGAGGUUUCUCCUAUCCUUCCACUCAAAGCUCUUUUGACAGGAGAUGUGACUUAUUUUCUCCUAGAGCCGGUCACAUUGGCUCAACCACCCUAUCUUAAGAAAUACGAUAUUGUUUUAGCUGGAACUGCCCACUGUCUAAGUGGCUUUUUAACUUAAGAACUGAGAUUCACUAAGGGACGGCUUAGGCACGUGGGCAGUUCGAGGCCCGAGACGUUGGGAGAAGCGGCCUCGGGCGCAGUCGGGUCCCGCGCCGCCCGGGCGAUCAGCCCCGUCACUUCACCCGCUUCCCUCCUAGCAGGCCCGAGUACCCUCGCCUCAGCCUCACGUAGCCAGAGCACGGGGAAGGAGUCCUUUGUGAGUUCGCCGCUCACAUUCGGCGGCGGGAAACAGAUCCGAAGACCCUUACCUAGGUGAGACGCUCAGCUCCCGCGGCUCUGAAGCACUGGAGACCGGCGAGGGCUCCCAGCCGGACCCCGCCAGUACCUCCCCAUCCCACCCGGGGCAGCCCCGCCUCGCUCAGGGCCGUGUGCGCGUGCGCGGUGUCGGGGGCGGGGCCUGCGCGCGUCCCGGUUGCCUGGAUACCGAGCGCGUCCCUAGCAGCGGCCCAAGCUCGCUAUCUGCAGGGUCUAGGGUGUAGCUGGGGAGGCAGUUGGUCCUCAUUUCUCGAGGAAACCCGCGGAGGAGCCGCGCGCCGCGAUUCCCCAGCCUGGUCCGGCCUGCGGAGAGCGAUGCCGCUUCCGGACACCAUGUUCUGCGCUCAGCAGAUCCACAUUCCCCCGGAGCUGCCGGACAUCCUGAAGCAGUUCACCAAGGCUGCCAUCCGCACCCAGCCGGCCGACGUGCUGCAGUGGUCCGCGGGAUAUUUUUCAGCCUUGUCGAGAGGAGACCCACUUCCUGUAAAGGAAAGGAUGGAAAUGCCCACGGCAACCCAGAAAACAGACACGGGCCUGACUCAAGGACUCCUUAAAGUUUUGCACAAGCAGUGCCACCACAAGAAAUACGUGGGACUAACCGAUCUGGAGCAGAAGUGGAAGAAUUUGUGCCUGCCGAAGGAAAAGUUCAAAGCGCUGUUACAACUGGAUCCUUGUGAUAACAAAAUCAAGUGGAUAAAAUUCUUGGCACUUGGAUGUAGCAUGCUUGGUGGGUCCUUGAACGCGGCACUGAAGCACCUGUGUGAGAUCCUCACGGACGAUCCGGAGGGCGGGCCGGCUCGCAUCCCCUUCGAGACGUUCUCCUACGUCUACCGCUACUUGGCCAAAUUAGACUCCGACAUCUCUCCCUCAGAGACAGAAUCCUACCUUGCCUCUCUCAAGGAAAAUAUAGACGCGAGGAGGAGCGGCAUGAUAGGGCUUUCAGAUUUCUUCUUUCCAAAGAGGAAACUUUUAGAAAACCUUGACAACUCUGAAGACGUAGGCCAUUAAUACAGAGAAGAAUACAUUUUCAUGUUAAAAUAGUGCUCUUUACAAUUUUGGCACCAAAUACAGCUUCUCAUUAAUCACACA